AUGGUGAAAGGUACAAUAUCGAUAUUUUGCGCUGUGAGGAGCGCGCGGACUGUCAUGACGACAUAUACGCGAAUAAUUCUUUUUUGUGCCAUAUUUGUGUACGUUAAUUGCCAAGUUAGAGAAGGGGAGGAGUUCGUUUGUCCGGAAGGAACACAGGGGAAUGGAAAUUUUGCAGAUCCAGCGACAUGCAAGCGUUUCUAUCAGUGUGUCGACGGCUACCCAUAUACGAGUAGAUGUCCUCCAGGACUCUAUUUCGACGAUAUUAGCAAGUUUUGUACAUUUCAAGCCGAGGCACGAUGCGGUCCCAUUCCUACAACACCAGCUCCAAUAACAGAAACGCCUUUAGACCUAGCUACUAAAUGUGAUCAAGCAGAAUGUCAGCUACCUUACUGUUUUUGUUCUAAAGAUGGUACCUUAAUUCCGGGGGGUUUAGACCCUGAUAGUACACCUCAAAUGAUUAUGUUGACUUUCGACGGCGCUGUUAAUUUGAAUAACUUUGAAACGUACAAAAAAGUGUUCAGCAAAAACUUACUUAAUCCAAACGGUUGUCCGAUCCGAGGAACUUUCUUCCUUUCACACGAAUACAGUAAUUACGCUAUGGUUCAAGCUCUAGCUCACGAUGGACACGAAAUUGCUACUGGAACAAUUUCUCAGCAACAAGGUCUACAAGAUAAGGGCUAUGAGGAAUGGGUUGGUGAAAUGAUAGGUAUGAGGGAAAUACUCAAGAAAUUCGCAAAUGUAUCUCGCACUGAAAUUGUCGGAGCCAGAGCACCCUUCCUCAAGCCUGGCAGAAACACGCAGUUUAAGGUGUUGGAAGACUUUGGAUACAUUUACGAUAGUUCAGUAGGUGUACCCCCACUCACGGUACCAGUUUGGCCGUAUACUUUGGAUUACAAGAUACCCCAUGAGUGCAAGUCAGGCACAUGCCCUACAAAAUCUUUCCCAGGUCUGUGGGAGGUACCCUUCAACGCGCAUUAUAUUGACUCCUUUGAGGGUGGACACUGCCCCUAUUUGGAUCAAUGCGUAUUAUUCAACUACGACGCGGAUGAGGUAUUGGAAUGGUUGCAAGAGGAUUUCAACAGGUAUUAUGAGCAAAACCGAGCUCCGUACAUGAUGCCGUUCCACACAAACUGGUUCCAAACUAAAGCGCUCGAGCAAGGCCUUCACAAGUUUCUCCGUUGGGCGGCUAAUUUGAAUGACGUGUGGAUUGUAACAGUGACACAAGCUUUGACCUGGAUCACUGAACCGAAACCUUUAAACGCACUUAAUAAUUACGAGGCUUGGAAAUGCGAUAAAAAGGAUCUGCCACCAGCACCUUGUAAUUUACCUAACAAGUGCGCCCUUUCCUUUAAAAAUCCUGACACUAAUUUCUCUGACACAAGAUAUAUGGAGACUUGCAGCGAGUGCCCUCAUAAAUACCCAUGGCUGGGAGACUCUGGUGGUACUGGCAUACCGGGCAAGGAUAAUUACAUACCCGACAACCUGAAGAGAAAGUAG